AUGUCCAAGGCCAAGAAGGCGCUCCUUCAAGAGCUGGGCCAAACGCACCUUUUCGACGGCUGGGGCUCCAAGCCAUCGGCGGCCGACGAGUCGCGCUUCUACAAGCAGAUCGAGGACCUCGACGCCUCGUACCCGGGCGGCCUCAAGGCGUACGUCGAUAACGGCCGCAAGCUGCUCGCCGACUCCAAGGCUGGAGUCAACCCGCUCGAGGGCUGGACGCCGAGCGUGCCGGUGGGCGAGACCGUCGCGUACGGCACGCCCGAGUUUGACGAGGUUGAGGCGGCCGGCAUGGCGGCUGUCAGCGGCGGCGGGUGCGGCUUUGUGCUGGUCGCGGGCGGGCUGGGCGAGCGGCUGGGCUACUCGGGGAUCAAGGUGCAGCUCCCGACGCAGCUGACCACCGGCACCACCUACCUCGAGCUCUACAUCCGCCACAUCCUCGCGCUGCAAGGGAGCGGCGCGCCGCUGCCGCUCGCAAUCAUGACCUCGGGGGACACCGACGCGCAGACCCGCGCGCUGCUGGACGCAAACGCAAACUUCGGCAUGAGGGCGGGGCAGGUCACCAUAGUCCGGCAGGAGAAGGUCGCCUGCCUCGCGGACAACGACGCGCGCCUCGCGGCGGACCCGAAGGACCCCUACAAGCUCCUCACUAAGCCGCACGGGUGA